GCGGGUUCAGUUUUGUAUGGAUAAAAUUACGUGUGAAUCUUUUACAUCAUCCAUCCAUCUAAAGAAUCUAAACACAAACGUUGUUUUUGCAAUACAUUUUUUGCAAUAUUUACUUUCGUUGAAAUUUUGGUGGGAUUGUGAGAAAAAUAAACUUCCUAAGCGCACCACACUUCAAAUUGUAUUAAUUAAUUAAUCGCUUUCUAUUAACAUAGCUGUAAGUUAUUACAAAAGUGCUCAUUUUUGGAAUCUCAAAUCUCAAUCGCAGCAAAAAUGCCCAUCGAGGUACACGAAGUGAUAAGUGCUUGUCAUGUGAUAGCCAAUCAAGAAAAUUUGGAUGUCUGUGUAACCGAGUCCUUGAAGGGGGCAGCGGUAGCAGGAGCGAGUGCCUUUGUGUGUGGAGUUUUACUUGGUCCAGUCGGUGUUGCAAUCGGAGGAACAGUGGGUGGACUUGCAGGAUCAGCCCUGUGCAAAUCGUACAAACCUCUGGGACAAAUUUUGAGUGAGAUGAGCCCUGCGGACAAGGAGAGGCUGUACAUCCACAUGUUGAGGGUAGUGCAGUCUUUGGAGAUAACGGACGCCAUCCUGCUUAUGGCUGUGGUAUCGAACCCAGCACACGCCGGGAGGGAGGCCAUCGCCAGGGAGCUCAUCGGUUUUUUUGGUGCAGCGAUCGCCCCAGCGGUCGCUCGACAACAACUUCCUCAACAGCAGCAAGCUUAUCUACUUAAUAAUUGAAUAUAUUUAUGUAUGUAGUGGAUUUACUCCUUGUACAUUAAUGUAAUAAAUCUUGGGAGAUAUUUUCCAUCUGUUACUAAUA